UUUACAUUUAUUCAUUUAGCAGACGCUUUUAUCCAAAGCGACUUACAAAUGAGGACAGUGGAAGCAAUCAAAAACAACAAAGAGAGCAAUGAUAUAUAAGUGCUAUAACAAGUCUCAGUUAGGUUAACACAGUACACGUAGCAAGGGCUUUUAGAUAAAUAAAAAGAAAACAGAUAGAAUAGAAAAAUAAUAGAGCAAGUUAGUGUUAGAGGUCUUUUUUUGUAAUUGUAUAAUAAAUGAAAAUUCUUUUUUUUUUUUUAAGAAUAGAAUUAGAAUUGUAAGUGCUAAAGUUAGAGGGUCAAAUAAAGAUGGAAGAGAUGGGUUUGAAGAUAUGCAAGAACUCAGCUGCUCGGAUUGAGUUGGGGAGGUCAUUCCACCAGAAGGGAACAUUUAACUGAAAAGUCUGUAAAAGUGACUUUGUGCUUCUUUGGGAUGGCACAAUCAAGCGACGUUCACUUGCAGAACACAAGCUUCUAGAGGCACAUAAGUCUGAAGUAAUUUAUUUAGGUAAAGGGGUGAAGCCAGUGGUGGUUUUGCAUGCAAACAGUCUAUACUUUCUAUUCCAUUGAAACUAAUACAUCCAGACUGAUAAAGACCUUGCCCUGUUAUUUGAUUGCGUAAAUUGUGCGUGUCCAGGCAGCAGUAGCUCCUCCUCCUUCACAUGCUUGUUCAGCUUGUUAUUCACUUCAGUCAUGGGUCCCAGAGGAAGCGUUGGUUUUUUCCUGUUAGUUCUGCUGAACCUAAACCUGAACCCACAGUGUGUGUCGGGAGGUAAGGUCAUCGUCUGGCCUUCUGAAUUCAGCCACUGGCUCAAUUUGAAAGUCAUCCUGAAUGCACUGAUCGCAAGAGGACACAAUAUCACAGUGGUGACCCACUCAGCUACACCGUCUGUCAACACCACCCCAUCCGCGGGUUACAAUGUGGAGAUUUUACAGGUGCCUCACACAAAGCAGGACAUCCUGGAGAAUAUGGAGAGGAUGCUGAAAUACUGGACUCACGAUCUACCCAAUGACAACAUCAUCAGGGCUUCAAUGAAGAUCAAGGAGAUGCUUGACAUAGGCACAGAACAGAACCAGGUCGUGUGCAAUGAACUCUUUGCCAGAAAAGACCUGCUGGAGAAGUGGAGAAAAGAGAAGUUUGACGUCUUACUUGCAGACCCCCUCUUCAUGUGCGGGGAGCUGCUGGCACGGAAGCUGAACGUCCCGUUAAUCUUCAGUCUCAGGUUUUCAUUCGGUAACACUGUAGAGAGGCUCUGUGGCCAGCUGCCGGCACCGCCAUCCUACGUCCCUGCCGUCGUCUCUGAAAAUACAGAUGAAAUGAAUUUCUUGCAGAGACUGAAAAACUUCCUCUUUUAUGGCACACAGGAUAUCCUGUUUUAUCUAGUGGCUAAAUCAAAGUGGGAUCACUUUUAUACACAAGUCAUGGGCAAACCCACAACAAUGUGUGAGACCAUGGGAAAAGCAGACAUCUGGUUGAUUAGAACUUACUGGGAUUUCGAGUAUCCACGUCCACUACUGCCGAAUUUUAAAUUUGUUGGAGGACUACACUGCAAACCAGCCAAGCCUCUGUCAAAGGACCUGGAGGAGUUUGUUCAGAGCUCAGGAGAUCAUGGCAUCGUUGUCUUCUCACUGGGUUCCAUGAUCGGCAACCUGACUUUGGAAAGAGCAAACACUAUUGCUUCUGCUCUUGGUCAAAUCCCACAAAAGGUUGUUUGGCGUUAUAAUGGGAAAACACCAGAAACUCUCGCCCCCAAUACAAAACUCUAUGACUGGAUCCCACAGAAUGAUUUGCUUGGUCAUCCAAAAACAAAGGCCUUCAUAACCCACGGUGGGACAAAUGGACUGUAUGAGGCUAUUUAUCAUGGUGUCCCAAUGGUGGGCUUGCCACUGUUUGCUGACCAGCCCGAUAAUCUAAUGCACAUGAAAACCAAAGGAGCUGCUGUUUUUCUUGAUAUCAACUCAAUGCAGUCCAAAGACCUGGUGGAUGCUCUCAAGACUGUCAUAAAUAAUCCAUCGUACAAGGAGAGCAUCAUGAGACUGUCCAGAAUCCACCAUGAUCAGCCGAUGAAGCCUCUGGACCGGGCAGUUUACUGGAUCGAAUUUGUGAUGCGGCAUAAAGGAGCUAAACAUCUACGAGUUCAGGCUCAUGAUCUGAGCUGGUAUCAGUACCACUGCCUGGAUGUAGUGGCCUUCUUACUCUCAAUCGUUGCACUGAUCACAUUCCUCUUCAUUAAAACAUGCCGUUGCCUUUUCCGUAAAUGUUUCAGAAAGACUCGUCCUGAUGCCAAAGCACAAAAGAGUAAAAAAGAGUGAAUGCAAAGUAGGUUUCCAUAGAAGCAUUGCCAUCAGUUGACUGUGGUAUGUGUGUUGUCACGUGUGUAUGAUGGCCAGUGUGCAUUUAGUCUACAUUCCAAACUUGAAAUACAUGUGAAUGUUCAUGUAAGAUAAAUUAAAAGUGCCUCAGGUUAAAAAUAGUGCAGGAAACUCUUUUCUUUCUGCCGUCAUGUUUUUACUACUAUUAAACUAUGACAAAAAUGAAAGGUGACAUCCAUCCAUUCUCUGUGUUCUGUGUAAAAAGGGUGACAUGUGAGUGCAAUACAUGUGUGUAGUAAAAGCCCAUAGUUAAGAGUGACAUAAAACAUUCUGCAUUAUUUGCUGAAUGAAAUCCAAUAACUGUUCAAUACUAAUUGAUUGAUUCUGAUCCUGAAAGAAGUACUUUUGUUCUAAUGCAUGUCAGUUUUUCUCACAAAAUAUGCUGCAUUUCAGAGCAGUUUUGCUUCAGAUAGCUGUUUAUAAGGAAUAACAUGAGAUUUAAAAAUUCAUAUUCAGACACACCUUAUUUAAAGUUUAACAAGUUGCAUUUAAUAUCAGUCAGUUGGGGGCAGUUGAUCUAAAAGUUGAGUGUGUUUUUAUUAAAAUAAUUUGCCAAAGUAAAUAAAAAUCAAACAAGGUUUUCAUUUCUAAUGUAUUUUGAGUUUGCUUUGUCGAUUUUGUCGAAUAACUAGGCUACAUAUAUACAUAACUAUAUCAUGAAAUAUAUAGUUACUGUGAAAUAAAAUUAGUCAUACCGUGAAACUGAAUUUUGGUCAUCGACCAAUAAGAUGGCUUAAUUUGCCCCCCAGAUCUGUACUCUCACACCUGCAUGUACAAGUGCACAAGUGUGUUUUGCUACAGGAAUAUGUCAAAGCCUUAGAUUUUGAAGCUGUCCUGCCAGUUCUGAGAGGCUAUACAAGCUGACUUGUGGUUGUAGAGUGAAACUGAAGUAAAGUGCAAAAGUAAAUAUGUUGUA